AUGAAGAAAAGUGGUGUUCCUCUCCUUUUGGGUAUCAUCUUCAUGACUCUGAUGGGAGUUCAAGGAUCCCCAGUAAUGAAGAAGGGACGCUGUUUCUGCAUCAACACCAACCAAGGACUGAUCCACUUAAAAUCCUUAAAGGACCUUAGACAGUUUUCUCCAAGCCCUUCUUGUGAAAAAACGGAAAUCAUCGCUACAUUGAGGAGCGGGGAUCAAAUAUGUCUAAAUCCAGAUUCAACCAAGGUGAAGAAAUUGGUUCAAGAGUGGGAGAAACAGGUCAGCCAAAAGAAAAAACAGAAGAAAGGAAGAAAAAUAUCAAAAAAGCAGAAACUUCUAAAAGUUAAACCAUCUCAACGUCCUCAUUUACCCACAAGUAUUUUGUGUUUAAAAGGUUCAUUUUAAUGAUACUGAAAUAAUUCCAAUAGGGGAUGGCACCUUAAUCUAUAAGCUUGUUGAUCUAACUAGAAAUUAUACAGCAUCAUUAUAAAAUUGUAAUUAAAGCCAGAAAGUGGCUUUUAAAGUCCAAACGUUACAAAUUGUUAGAGGCUACAGUUGUCUUU